AUGUCCACCAUCAAGCACCUACUGGGCUCGUCCCCCGCUUCUUCUCAGCUUUCGAAUUACCUGACAGAAAUCUCGUCUGCUUCUGCAUCCACUUCUGCCCUUGUUCCUGAAGUCAAAUCGUAUCCCGACGCAGUGUACUUCAACUAUCAUGCUCUUGGACUCAGCUUACUCUUCACACCGAUCAACGGCUACAAGCCCAAGUCAGGACUGUCCAGAAAUCAACUGAAUGAAGAAAACCUAGUUUUAGAUGGAAUUGACAUCUACAAUAUGCCCCAAAAACCUGAUUCCCCCGACGAUAGCUCGGACAAUCGCAACAAAUCGGCGACCGCUCCUGCAUAUACCACCUACCCCAUAUCACCCAUCACUCUCGCGGUAUCCCCAGAAAGUAAAGACGGAACACCACUCCCGUCUUCCAUCUCGAUUGAACCCAAUACCACGGGUAAGGAUUUUCUUGUUAUGCUUGGUGAGCCGGACAGGAAGGGUGGUGGAGCUGGUCCUUCCUCAGGCAGUAUUCAGAUUUGGUUGGAGUGGUCGAAGAAUGGGAUCAUGGUCGAAUUUGGUGGCGAUGAGAGUCGGGGUCCACAGGCAUGGGAGAGAGGGAAGGAUGCUGUGUGGAAGGUUCUCUCGAUCUUUCAACCGAAAGCAGAAUGA